GCAUUUUAUAAAAUUCGCACAGUAGGUGCUGAGCUUCACAGUGAUCACGUAUAAGUUCCUAAAAUAAAAAUAAAAUCAGAACAAUGCUGACAAUAUACCUAGUGUUCCUGGCUAUCAUCUACAACACUAAUUGUGAUGAUAGUUACUUACCUCCGUACAUCCAACCAUGUGAAUACCACAGUGAUAAUUUCGUCAAUUGCGUUAAGACACAAAUGAAGAAGAGUCUAUCAGAAUUCACGAAGGGCAUUCCUGAGUUGGGCGUGCCAUCCAUAGACCCCGUGAAACUGGACGAUAUAAAAAUCGAUGGGAAUGGCCUCAAGUUAUCUUUCACCGGGGCGGAGAUGCAUGGACUCCGUGGUAGUGAAUUAACUGAUUUUAAACUAAACCUCGGAAACGGGCCCGAAACAUUCUCAUUGACAUUCAAAAGUAAUAUGAGUUUGACGGCUAAAUAUGAGAUCGACGGCCGCAUCCUCAUUCUUCCUAUCCAAGGAAAAGGAGAUGCUGUCAUCUUAACACAAAACGUAGAGGUAAGCCUUGACUGCAAGCUGUCUCACGUGAACGACGCCUUAGGCGAACAUUUGAAAUUAAAUUCACCCAACUAUAAAUACAAUAUUGAAAAAACUACUUUUGAUUUGAAGAACUUGUUCAACGGAAACAAACAAUUAGCGGAUACUACCCUUCAGUUCGCAAAUGAGAAUUGGCAGCAGCUCAUGGACGAGCUGGCUCCUCCAGUCAUCAAGCAAAUCGUAAAAACCACCAUCAAGACAAUCAAUAAAUUCUUCGCCAACGUCACGAUUCAGAGAAUAAUUAAAGGGUACAGCAGAAAAUCAUAAAAUAGUUUUAACUUAAAUUAUUUUUACUAAUUCUUUAAUGAUAUCUGAAACAAACAUAAUGUUUUAAGAACCCUCAAAUUCGGUAAAAGAUUGGUUGACAUCGAGGUUAAAAUUGAUUUUGGUCUGAAUAUUAUCUAUUAUUAUUAUUUUCCCAUAUACUUAAGUGGUUAUUGUAAAUAUUUAUUGAGACAAUCAUUUUAGGUCAUAUCAAAUCUCGACACAGCCAAAGUUAAGGUGUAUCGUUUUGCAGAUAUAUUUAAUGUGAACUAUUUUUAAGGAUACAAAUAAAUUUAUUCAUAAAAUAAA